UGUUUGCGUGACCGGAAAUCUGCCCCGGGAGCCUGACGCCCGUUAUCAGCAGCCGCCUUGUUACCUGCGGGCACUUUGGUUUGUGCGGGGCCGUCCCCCUGAAGUCGCGGUUGCCGAGCGCCUGUCCAGCUGCUCGCGAGGACGCCCCGGUGUCUGGAAACUGAAGAUGGCCCCCCCGCGAAGCUAGGUCUAGGAUGGGAAGCGUCACCGCACGCUACUUCUGCUACGGAUGCCUUUUCACCUCGGCCACCUGGACCGUUCUGCUUUUUGUCUAUUUCAACUUCAGUGAAGUGACUCAGCCACUUAAGAAUGUGCCCAUCAAGGGGUUUGGGCCCCACGGGCCAUUCCCCAAAAAAAUCUACCCCCGUUUCACUCGGGGUCCCGGUCGAGUGUUAGAGUCGCAGUUCAAAGCCGGCAGAGUGGACGGCGCGCCGGCGGAUGGAGACCCCGCGAGAGGCGGCGUGAAGUUCUCCGAGCUGGGCAUGAUUUUCAGUGAACGUGACCAGGAGCUGAGGGACUUGGGCUAUCAGAAGCAUGCCUUCAACGUGCUUGUCAGCAACCGCCUGGGCUACCACAGAGAUGUGCCGGACACCAGGAGUGCAGAGUGCAGAGACAAGGCCUACCCGGCGGACCUGCCCGUGGCCAGCGUGGUCAUCUGCUUCUACAACGAGGCCCUGUCGGCCUUGCUGCGCACGGUGCACAGCGUCCUGGACCGCACGCCGGCCCGGCUGCUGCGGGAGGUCAUCCUCGUGGACGAUGACAGCGACUUCGACGAUCUGAAGGGAGAACUCGAUGAGUAUGUCCAGAAGUAUCUCCCUGGGAAAAUUAAAGUGAUAAGAAACACAAAGCGUGAGGGGUUAAUUCGAGGCAGAAUGAUCGGAGCCGCACACGCGACAGGAGACGUCCUGGUGUUCCUGGACAGCCACUGUGAGGUGAACGUGAUGUGGCUGCAGCCCCUGCUGGCAGCCAUCCGUGAAGACCGGCAGACCGUCGUGUGCCCGGUGAUCGACAUCAUCAGCGCCGACACCCUGGCCUACAGCUCGUCCCCUGUGGUGCGCGGCGGCUUCAACUGGGGACUGCACUUCAAGUGGGACCUCGUCCCCCUCUCCGAGCUUGGGGGGCCAGAAGGAGCUACUGCACCGAUCAAGUCACCCACGAUGGCUGGAGGGCUGUUCGCCAUGAACAGGCACUACUUCAGUGAGCUUGGGCAGUAUGACAGUGGCAUGGAUAUCUGGGGAGGAGAAAAUUUAGAAAUAUCAUUUCGGAUCUGGAUGUGCGGCGGGAGGCUCUUCAUCAUCCCCUGCUCCCGCGUGGGCCACAUUUUCCGGAAGCGGCGGCCCUACGGUUCUCCCGAAGGCCAGGACACGAUGACGCACAACUCCUUGAGGCUGGCGCACGUCUGGCUGGAUGAGUACAAGGAACAGUAUUUCUCCUUGAGGCCCGACCUGAGGACCAAGAGCUAUGGAAAUGUCAGCGAGCGCGUGGAGCUGAGGAAGCGGCUGGGCUGUAAAUCAUUCAAGUGGUACCUGGAUAACAUUUACCCAGAGAUGCAGGUGUCCGGGCCCAACGCCAAGCCCCAGCAGCCCAUUUUCGUCAACAGGGGGCCGAAACGCCCCAAGGUCCUGCGGCGUGGAAGGCUCUAUCACCUCCAGACCAGCAAGUGUCUGGUGGCCCAGGGCCGCCCGAGUCAGAAGGGAGGCCUCGUGGUGCUGAAGGCGUGCGACUCCGGAGACCCCAGCCAGAUCUGGGUUUACAAUGAGGAGCACGAAUUGGUCUUGAAUAACCUGCUCUGCUUGGACAUGUCGGAGACGCGCUCGUCAGACCCGCCGCGCCUCAUGAAGUGCCACGGCUCGGGGGGGUCGCAGCAGUGGACCUUCGGGAAGAGCAACCGGCUGUACCAGGUGUCGGUGGGACAGUGCCUGCGCGCGGCCGACCCGCUGAGCCACAAAGGCUACGUCGCUAUGGCGAUCUGUGACGGCUCCUCCUCGCAGCAGUGGCAUCUGGAAGGUUGAGGGGGACCCUGUGGCCUGGAUGGGCACCAACAGGCAGUGCGCCUCUGGGUGGCGUGUGCUCGAGGAGGACAUGGCACCCCCCUGGGAGGACGAGGGCUGGUCGCCGGUCCUCUGGGUGCUGCAGGACGAGCGGGGAGUGUGGGGCCGACGGGGGAGCCGGAACGCAGCUCCGGUUGGCGCAGAGCGUGAGGCCCGGGGAGUGGACCCCCCUCUCCAGACUGACUGGGGCGCCCCCCAGCCCUCUGAGCAGGGAGCAGCCGCCACCAGCGCAGGGCGCCGCGGAGCAGACGGCUUUGCUUUUAACUGCAGGAAGAGGCAUUUACAAGAUUAUAUUUAAGAGGCAGUAACUGUUAUAAAUUAUUUUGUUGAAUCACGGUACUCUCUGCAUUAGAAAUAAAGGAUCCUUUGGAUGACUUACCUGGCGGUUUCUGGCGUGCUGCCUCUCUGACCCGGCGUCCGGCCUUCCUGGCCUGCGCGCUGCGUGUGACGUGGCCACAAGCUUCUUGCCUUGAACGCUGAAGCCGACGUGUGGGAGCCGGGGUACGCUCAGCAGAGCCUCUAUGCAGACGCAGGGCGCCUCAGAAGAUGUGCCUCACAUACAAAGAGGAACUUACGAAUCCUCUGCUGUCGCGCCUGCGUUUCAAGGGAGGUUUUCUUUUUUCUUCAUCAUUUCCCCUCAGAGCUCCCUUCAGCAGGCCAAGCUGUAGCAGAUACGUGUUGGGUGUCGGGCAUCCCAUCCAGCCUGUUGUCUAGACCAGGUGGCACGGAGAGCAAGCUGGAAGAGCAGGGAUGGCACGUUCGACCCAGCAAGCGCCAUCAUGUCAGCUGGGGCGCGCCCGUGGCCUGACCGCCGGUUCGCGGCAGAGCGCGCCAGAGCAGACAACGCAAGGCCGGCGCUGCUGGCUGCAGGCAAGUCCCUGCACAGCUGAAGGCACGGCUGAGCUGACAGGACGGGAAAGCUCACGCGUGGCUGACAGCGAGGGAAGCUCCCCGGAGCCGUUCAGCAG